GGAGUGAAAAUCCGCUUGCGUUGCCAUUUGCAUUGUCCGUAUGUAUUUCUCACAUCAGCAGUCUCGUGGCUUCUUUCUUCUCUCUUGGCUUCUCUUCACACGACUUCUGUCCUCUCCGCAGUCUGUAUAUAUAUUUAGAUUUUUUUUAUCUUUUCAAUCGGUUUGGUAACUGAAUUUGCAUUUGGUAAUCUAAUUAAACACAACGGGAAGACGAAGAAAAGGGUGGGGAGGCAUAGGUUGAUAAUGAACUUGUCCUCUGUUCUUAAUCUUGCUGUGUCUUCCCUCAGAUCUUAGUUCUCUCCCAGAUUUGGCAUCUUAGUCGUCUUGAAUCGAAGUUCUUAAUUCUGGGUUUGAUUUACUGGUAGAUGAAGGAUCCGUUGUUUCAUAAUUGAAUCCGGGAAUAUCUGUAUCUGCACCAUAAAUACGGUUUCUGAAUUUGUCAUAAUUAAAGAUAAAAUGCAAUCGGAUAGUGGCAAGUUAUUUAUUGGUGGGAUAUCAUGGGACACAAAUGAAGAGCGACUUAGGGAGUAUUUCAGUACUUAUGGGGAGGUCGUGGAAGCAGUGAUAAUGAAGGAUCGGACAACUGGUAGAGCUCGUGGAUUUGGUUUUGUAGUUUUUGCCGACCCAGCUGUUGCAGACAGAGUCAUAAAAGAGAAGCACAACAUUGAUGGAAGGAUGGUUGAGGCAAAGAAGGCUGUUCCUAGAGAUGACCAGAACAUGCUGAACAGAAACAGUGGCAGCAUCCAUGGUUCUCCUGGUCCAGGCCGCACAAGAAAGAUAUUUGUAGGAGGUUUAGCAUCAACUGUUACUGAGAGUGAUUUCAAGAAGUACUUUGAUCAAUUUGGGACUAUAACAGAUGUUGUAGUGAUGUAUGAUCAUAACACUCAGAGGCCAAGAGGCUUUGGAUUUAUCACUUAUGAUUCUGAAGAAGCUGUUGAGAAGGUCUUACUCAAGACUUUUCAUGAACUGAAUGGUAAAAUGGUUGAGGUCAAGCGGGCAGUUCCUAAGGAAUUAUCACCAGGACCAAACCGCAGCCCACUUAGUGGAUAUAAUUACGGUAUGGGUAGGGUCAAUAGUUUCCUAAAUGGCUUCACGCAGGGGUAUACUCCAAAUGCUGUUGGAGGCUAUGGACUGAGGAUGGAUGGUAGAUUCAGUCCUGUUGCAAGUGGUCGAAGUGGAUUUGCUCCGUUUGGAUCUGGUUAUGGAAUGAGUAUGAAUUUUGAGCCUGGCUUGAGCCCUGGAUUUGGCGGGAAUGAAAACUUCAAUAGCAAUCUUAGCUAUGCUCGGGGGUUAAAUCCUUAUUAUGUUGGCAGCUCAAAUAGGUUUGGGAGUACUAUUGGGUAUGAUGGUGGUAAUGGAGGAAACAAUUCUUUCUUCAGCUCUGCGACUCGAAACUUGUGGGGGUCUGGCGGUCUUAAUUAUGGAACGGGCUCUGCAAAUUCCAAUAAUGCAUACAUGGGAUCAGGAAGUGGGAAUGCUGGAGGAAACUCAUUUGGGACUGGAGUAAACUGGGAUUCUUCAGGAGUUUCUGGUCAAGGUGGUUUGAGCAAUGUGUCACAGAGUAGUGGCAACCUUCACUAUGGAGGUGGCGACAGUAGUUAUGGUUUGGGAGCUGGAGGGUAUGGAGGGAGCGGUGGUAGCAGUAUUGCCCCAACAUCAUCAUACUCCUCAUCAAAUGGUGCGUUUGAUGGGGCCUUUACUGAUUUUUACAAUAGUAGUUCAGUUUAUGGGGAUCCCACCUGGCGAUCUUCAAAUUCUGAGCGAGAUGGGUCUGGUCCCUUUGGUUAUGGUCUUGGUAGUGCAGCUUCAGAUGUUUCUGCCAAAAGCUCUCCUGGUUACAUUGGUGGUUAUACUGUUAAUAAGAGACAGCCAAAUAGAGCUUGGCUUGUGAAACAGCCAGAUGUAGAAGUUUCUGCUGAAUGACAGUCCAUAAGGGAGGUGAGAGAAAAAAGAGUGUUGAUCUAGGAAGCAUGAAGUGUUUUCACAGAUGAUCUUGACAGAUAAGGAUAUAUGAUAGAUAAAAAAAUGAGAAUUGCUACAUAGGAAGAUCAUUUUGAAGACACGUACGAAAUUGUAGGUGAAGAAGCAAUGAAGCAGGUGAAUUGUGAAGUUUACAGAACACUGUUGUUAGUGUGUUUUGUUAAAGACACAAGAUGUUUGGUUAUGUAGGCUAACAGGAGUGCCUAUUUUGAGAGGAUCAGAGAUAUAGGGAUAGAAGUUACAAAGGGAAUGUCAAGGCUUAAGUUUUGAGUUUCUCUUAGAUUUUCACUUUUCAGUUUUUGGGAUUUGAGUGAGAUGUAAAAUCAGCUUGCGGGAUAUAGUGGAAGUGUAUCAUGCAUUCACAUGUGAGGCAGCAAUAUAAGAAUGAUCCACAACAUCUCUUCCGUUUUUUUUUUUCUUUUGAUUAGAUUUUCAACUGUAAUGUCUGGCAAAGUUGUGGGUUCUUCUGAUCAGGAAUUGGUUGUCUCUUACUCUGCAACAUUUUUGUUUUUGAUUUUUUGUCAGCAGAUUGUACUAAGGUUUAUGUUGAGUACUAGUGUGAAAACCUUAUAAAGGGAUACCAUCUAGGGUCCCAUGAAUAAGUCACAAGUAUAUUCUGAUUCUUUUUGUAAAGUAA